CGCCCGCGUCGCCUCAGUGCUCUACCGCGGUCGGACUGAGCGGACGUAUAUCGCCUCUCGUCGCGACCCAAACGACCUCACGAAACAAGUUUUUCUAUCACAUUCUUUUAUAUUAUCAUUUAUCACUCACAUGGACCAUGAAGAACUAUAUCGAGCUAGCGAUAUGAAAACUUUUUUUGUCUAAAAGUUUGAGACGCUUGUGCAAUUUGUGAACUUAUCUUGAUUUAAGUGAUAGUGUAAGAAACAGUGCUAAUUGUUUGUAAAAUAUCAAACAACUAGACUUUAGUUUGUUUUGGUUUUUAGACUGUUGUGACGCGUUGAAAAGAGACAAAAUGAGGCUCUACCGAGUGGGUGCGACAGGUGUGACGGCGUUGGCGGUUUUGUUCGUUGUAACAGGAUGCUCAGCCCAGAACCUCCGCAUCUAUCCGGUGCAGAAGCAGCAGACGGUGCCAGUGGGCAAGUCGGUCGUGCUGACUUGCCAGGCGGACGCGCCCGAUCCGGCGUUGGUGUCGCAGCCGCAGUGGCGCGACCCCAAAGGACUCAUUAUAAAUGAAGCCGCAGUCGGGACCCGACCAGAGAUCUACACGGAGCCGAUGCCAGCUAAGCAGCUGCAGCUACUGUACAUCUCCUCCAUCACGCCAGCAAUGGCCGGCAACUACACCUGCGAAGCCACUUACACCAACAUGCCGCUUACCGCCAGGGUCGUUUUGGACACUUUUGUGGCAAUAACGUGGACGAACGCGAACGAAAACCAGUACGCAACCAAGGGAAAGGACUUCAAAGUAAUGUGCGAAGUGACUGCCGAGCCUGCACCAUCUGUGGAUUGGUUCAAGGAGGGAACUCCUAUUUUAACAGGCGGGAGAUAUGUCAUCCACGCGAAUGGUCUCCUCAUUAAAAACGUGCAGGAAAGUGACGACGGGACCUACACGUGUCGCGCCGUGGUUAUACAGACUGGUGAACUCGCCGAGAGGAAUAUCAAACUUGAGGUUUAUACUGCACCGGAGAUGGAGGAACGCGAAACCAGAGUUGAAAUAAAAGAAGGGGAAUCCGCCGCAAUUACGUGUAAAGCUAGGGGAAAGCCGCCACCGACAUAUUCCUGGAUUAAAGCUUCAACUCGGGAGAAUUUAGGAACUACAUCACGGUUCGGCGUAAACGAAAUUACUGGGCUGCUAACUUUCGAUAGAGUGGAGGCGGGCGAUUACGGAAAAUACAUAUGUAGCGCUGUAAACCAAGCCGGACAUAAUGAAACCGAGAUAGAAGUUGAGGUGCUAGUCAAACCCAAAAUAUUCGAGCUGUUCAACGUUACUGCCGCCGAAAAUACUGAAGGCAGGUUGGAAUGCAAAGCGAGUGGACGGCCCGCUCCGAGAAUUAGUUUUAGAAAACUAAGCAGCCAAAAUCGUUUCCUGAACGGACCUAAUGAUGACCAAAGAAUUACCGUCGAAACAAGCAGUCGUCAAACUGGUGAUCAGAUGCAGUCUUCGGGAAUUAUAUCUAUAUCCAAACUAAACAGAACUGAUGACGGACUUUAUGAGUGCGUAGCUGAAAAUGAAGGCGGUGAAGCGAGAAAGAACGGACAUCUGACUGUACAGUUCAAACCGACCUUCGAACACAUGACCAAUGUGCCAAUAUGGAGCUGGAACGCUCAACCAGUGAAUAUCAGUUGUGUGGCUGAGAGUAUUCCGAAUGCUACGAUCAAAUGGAAGUUCCACGAAUACGAUCUAGUUGAAUCACCACAUGUUAGAAUAUAUGGCUCAGGGCCUAUAAGCUAUGUGACCGUUACUCCAGUGGAAAGAAGCUUGUAUGGAGUAUACAAAUGUAUAGCGACCAACACACUUGGUGAGGCCGAGCAUACUAUCCAAUUGAGAGAAGCUUUUGCUCCAGGGCCCGUUGUUCAGGCAAGACAAGAAAUAACUACCGCAACUUCUGUUUCCUUCAAUAUCGUUGGUCCUGCUGAGGAAAUGGGACCGCCUAUCUUAGCUUAUACAACACAAUAUAAAGAAAACGCUAACUUCGAUUGGAAUCUUGCCAUGAAUAGAACUUGGUCCGUCAAUUCGCCUUAUAUUAUUGAAAAUUUAAGGCCUAUGUACACUUACGACUUUAGAUUUGCAGCUGUAAACCAAGUUGGUGUUGGUACUUGGGGUGCACCUCUUACAGUUAUAAUGCCUAAACGAUCACCUCCCGAGCAACCGAAAUGGCGUGAAUCUGUUAGCUCGGAAUCUCUUAUCCACGGAAAAUUCGCUGAUAGAUACGAAUUGCAAUGGAAGGUACCUGCCCAUAACGGUGAACCUAUCGACAUGUAUGAAGUCAGUUAUUGCCCUGUGCUCAAAGUAAGCGGCGAAUGGAGAGUAGCCCAAGAGUCAGAAUGUAUGGUAGACGAGCUUAAAUCUUACGAAGCGAUAAGCUACGAAGUGCAUGGCUUACGUCCCGAUACACGAUACCGUAUGCACGUGCGUGCUCAUAACGUACUCGGCUAUUCUUUACCAGCUCAACUGUACGUCCAAACUGCCCUGGGUAACCCAAGUGGAAGUCCAGGAAUAUUUAAUUGGGCUUCAACAAUAAUGGAUAUCGCUAUCGCAAUAUAUUUAAUACAUAUAUGUAAAUAAGUAAAUGUAUAAAAUAUCCUAAGUUAAGUCCAAAGAUGACUGUUACUUUAGGCACUUUUGUGAUAAAUUUAUUACUGUAAAUAGCUAUCGUAGUCUUUGUCCUAUAAUAAUACAGGAUACCAUCACAAUAAGAAUUUACAAACAUAACCUUGUAGGUCUAAUGUUUAGGCUGUUGUGUCUACUUCAUUAGGAUAUUGUUUUAUCAAUGUUGCAAUUUGAAUACUAGUAGAUAGGGUGUUGGCUGAGUAUUCACUGCCAAAACAUGUUGAUAAUAAAACUGCAUUUUAAAUGUGUACGAAUUUUUGAGGAUUAUACUAUUAUAAUUCAAUUUCUAGGUAUUGUAUUAAAAUGUUUCUCGACGAUUGAUAAAUUUAUAAUAAAAGAAGAUGGUGAUCGUCCAAGUUUUUAAAACGACAUUCUUAAAUGUAUUACGUGUAAGUUAGGUAGGAAAUGAAUGUGUCAAGAAAAUUGUGAUUUCAUCGAAAUGGACAUUGACCAAUGUGAAAAAAUAAAUGAUUAAAAAUG